ACUAAAUCAAGACGUUGCAUCGCCUGCAUGAUGCCACCAAGUCCCGGCGCAUUCGAGAUAUCAGAACACCGAGCUGACCUGCCUGAAAAUACUGUACUUUCUUGUCUCUUGCAGAACGGCUACAACGUGCUCAACCAUGAGGACGAGAACGGCGUUUUUCAUGCUGAAUGUAGACUUUACUAGUGUCAAACUCAACAGCAUUCUGGGGUUGCUUCUGUACGUGAGUGGCACGAACCAGCUGAAUUGCGGUCACUCCAUCGUCAACCUACUCCUCCCGAUGAUGCUAAGCAACAGGUCCUUGAUGAUUAUGCUUGCUGUGCCAUCGGAACAUGUGUCUAAACGUCGGGCUUAAAUAUGAUCAUCACACGGAGACAGUCCCGUCUUCCUUU